AUGGACGGCGGAGGACUACAGCUGCUUCCUUCGGCUGGACCGUCCCCGCCAUUCGUCGCGGGCCCUAGGAGGGCUAUCAGCUCGGCUUCGACGUAUGCUAGGCCGCGCCCAGGGCCAAGGCCUCCGCGCCCAUUUCACUGCGGCGGCCCCGGCGUUCGGUCCUCUGCAGCGACAACCUCCUUAUCGCACCUUCCCAGCGGACCAACGGCCGGGGGACUCAGCUUCCAGGACUUCGAUCUCGGCACGUUUCUCGGCACACAUCUUUCCGAUCUCAACGGCGGAUCAGCACCGUCGGUGGGCGGCGGCUUCGACGAUGGCAGUUUUGGCUCGUCGUUCGGCGGCGGGUCCUCGAGUCCGGCAGGGUCGAGAAACGGCGGGGGCGGUGCGAAUGGCGGAUCCGGCGGGGCCCCUGGCGGGAAUGGCUUCAACGGCGGAGGCGCAGGCGGCAGCGGCAGCGGCGGUAGCGGGGGCGACGGCCAGGAUGCGGACAGGGCCAAGAAGGUGAAUCCGCUGGUCGACCUGAUGGAGAGCGAGUCGGCUUACGUCUCGGAGCUGAGCAAGAUCAUCAAGACGGUGGCGGCCGCCUGGAGCAGAGCCAACUUCCCGCCGCCGGAGCUCGAUGCCAUGUUCCGGUGCACCGAGGCCAUCUACCGGGUCAAUCGGUCGUUCCUCAAGGCGCUCAAGGAGAUCGGUCCCAACCCGUCUUCGCCCAAGGCGCUCGGCGACCUGCUGAUGCGCUGGAUCGACGACCUCGAGGCGCCCUACACCCGGUUCUGCGAAAGCUACCUCGCCGACUUUGACUCGUGGCCCAAGGUGCAGAGCAACCCGAGGCUGGCCGAGCUGCUCGGCGAGAUUUCGGGCGCCACCAAGGCCGACGGCACACCGGUGGUGUUCUCGGACCGGAGGCGCGACCCGAACGAGCCCUGGACGCUCGACAUGCUGUUUGCGCUGCCCCACAUCCGGCUCAAGUACUACAAGAAGCUCUACUCGCGCUUGCUGAAGAGCACGCAGCCGGGCCGCAGCGACCACAAGCUGCUGGUGGGCGCCAACGCCAAGCUCGACGACCUGCUCGACAAGUCAAAGCGGCGCCUGGCCAUGUCUGUGCUCGACGAGGCCGGCGGCGGCCGCGGCAGCCUCGAUGGAUCCCUCUCGGAGAGCAACACCACCGCCGAGACCUCGCCCCGUGGCAGAGGCUCUUCGGCCACUUCGGCGUCUGAGGGCAACGGUCCGCUUUCGCCCUCGCACAAGCCCUUCGCGUUCGCAUCGAAAGGCCUGAGUCCCGCCGGCAGCCCCAGCAGUGGGGCCCUUCGCCACGUCGGUGACACCGGUCCGCCGACGCCGCUCGCCGCCGAACGGCGCCUCGAGGGUGGCUCGACGUCCGCAUCGCCGAGCCGCCCGGACUUCUCGCGGCACAACAGCUCUGAGGCGGCGAGCUCGGUCGACGCAGUGACGUCGCAGGUGCGCAGCAUGGCCGGUCCAUCGAAGACGGACUCGAUGUCGCAGCCCAUCGAGGCCCUCGAGGGCCGCCUCGACACGAGCCGCACCCUCGACAUCUUCACCAUGAAGCCCAAAAAGUGCCAGCUGCAGAUGCGGCCGCCAAACCUGCCGUUUGAGCGGUCGCUCCGCAAAUCGGCCGACGUCGUCAUCCACCUGACGCCGUCGAGUGGUGGCGGCGAGAUCGCCAUCCGCCGCGCCCACAUCUUCCUGCUCACCGACCUCUUCCUCGUCUGCGAGAGGAUGACGCCGAGCGAGCGCGCCGAGCGGUCCUCGGGGCCCGGGCCCAGCCCAGACAUGUGGCUUCUCUAUCCUCCGUUGGCCGGCAAGCACCUCCGCGUGGCCGACUUGGGCGGUCAGGGCAACGUGCUGGCCAUCACCAUCCUCAAAAAGGAGCGCCUGAUUGUCUCGACCGAGUCUCGCGAGGCCAAGGAAGACUGGAUUUCUCACCUCGAAGAGUGUCAGAGGUUCGCCGGGAGCAUGGGGCUCAAGGUCAAGACCAGCAGCAGCCUUGCUCCGAUCGCAAACGGAGCCACCGGUAGCGCCCUGCCCAGCCCUGCGCUCUCACCCUCGAUCUCGGUCACGCCUUCGACGCAAGAGGGUCCCACCAACGGGCAGCCUCCGCCGCCCAACAUCAACGUGCCCGCCUCGCCCCACUCUCCCGUCGCAUCCGGCCUCGGGCGGCACACUUCGUUCAACUCGGUGGCGUCGUUCCCCAAGGAAGCUCCCAGCGGCUCGCCCGACCUCCGCAUCCCUCCGCUCAACAGUCCGGGCUCGUACGGCUCGCCUCGUUCGCCCUCGCCUUCGCAGUUUGCCGGCCCCUCCCCUUCCUACUCGGCAUUUGGAGCGAGGCCGUCGGGACCCCUACCCGGGGGCUCUGCGAUCCGCCCAGCUGGCCUCAUGUCCCCCACGCCGACGCUAUCGCCAGACAACAGUCCCAACUUUGGACCCACGAGGCUGGGCCAGGGCCCCAACGGACCGGUCGGACCCGGCGGCUACCCCAGCAUGGGUCGUCCGCCGAUGAUGGCCAACGCACCCAACGGCAUGGCAGGGCCGCCGCCGCCGCGACCCCCUUACGGACCGGGACCACCGCCGCAGCACGCCAACGGCACCAGCCCUCGCGGCGGUCCAAGCCCGACCCCCGGAGGUCGAGCAGGGAUGCCCAACGGCUCCAUGAUGCGCCCGCCGCCGCCACCCCCUCCGCCUGCGGAUGGCAAGGGUUGGAGUCCAUCCCCCGGGCUGGGGGCUCCCCCCGGUCACUCGCGCGAGCCGCUGCGUCGACCCUCGGCGCCCAACCUGCGCGACGCCAGCCGCGCAUCGUCAUCCAACGGGCACUCGGACGAUGGCGCCGAGCAUUCGCGGUCGUUUGGACGCUCGCGGUCGGUGUCGAGCUUCGGAUCGUCUUCGGCGCCAAGGCUGCCGUCCGAGAUGAUGAAGACCGGCAUGCCGACGCCCAAUGGGGGCGAGGACCCGUCGCCGCCAUCGAGCCCGACGCGCAAGAACCGCGGGCCGACGCGUAGCACGGUCUCGGCGCAGAUGCGGUGCAAGAUCUACCUCAAGCAAAGCCAUGCCCAGUGGAAGUCGCUCGGCAACGCCCGGCUCAAGCUCUACCACAUCCUGCCCGACGACUACAAGCAGCUGGUGGUCGAAAACGAUCGCAAGACGCUCAUCUCGACGAUUGUGCUCUCGGACGGCGUCGAGCGCGUGGGCAAGGUGGGCGUCGCCGUCGAGCUCUCGGACCAGGGCAACCGCACGGGGAUCGUCUACAUGCUCCAGAUGCGGAGCGAGGAGUCGGCCGGAGGCCUGUUUGGGCAGCUGCUCGAGGGCAGCGACCGCACGGCGCUGCAGACGCAGAUGCGCUGA